AUGUGCUGCUUGGCAUUACUUUGGAAACAUUCAGAAUUACGCAUAGAACAUGUUAUUACAAGCGAUUCCGGGAAUUAUUCUUGUCGAGGAGAAAGUAAACAGAAUCAAAUAAGCAAAUGGGUUUUUGUUUCUGUUUAUUCAGCUUGUCCAGUGAAUGUUUGCAAUGUUGGCACAUGUUUCAUUAUAAAUAAUCAUUCACAAUGUAGAUGUCCUGAAACACAUACCGGUGAAUUUUGUGAUCAAUCCAUAUCAGCUGAUAAAAUCACCAAUAAACUAACAAUGAAUACACCACAAUUAUUACAACAAAAAGAUUUGAAUUAUGUACAGUCAGAUUCGAAAUCAUCCAUGUCUAUUGAUUCACAAUACAAUUCCAUGUCAAUUUUAAAUGAUAAUUACUAUAAUCAUGUUAAUAAUCAUAAUAAUCAUAAUAAUAAUAAUAACAAUAAUAAUCCCAUGAAUAAUCAACCUUCACAACAACAAAAUAUACAACUUUUAUCCGAAAUCAAACGUGACAAUUUCGAUUUGUGUACACUACCAGAAUUUCAAUUUACUUCAGAUUGUCUACAUGUCAAAAGUCAUUUGACCACAUUUAUUGCCACAGCGAUCACAUGUUCAGUGAUUAUACUAUUGUUGACAUUUUGUGCAGCUUAUUUUAGGAGAAAAAGUAUUUUGAACAAACGAAAACAAGAUUGUCAAUGUCUAUCGAAAGAAAAUCAAAUAGAAUCGAUCAAUUUCAUUAAAUCACCUGAUCAUAGAAAAUCGCCUAUGACAAUAGACGCUGAAAAUGCAAUUUACAAUAAUUCAAUGAAACAUUUACCAAGUCCACUUAAAUCUACAUCAUUUGAAAGUAAACUGUAUACAGUAGAUUCGUUGGAUAGAAGAAAUUCCAUAAACAUUAACAUUGAUAAGCAGCAUCAAACGAAUAAAUUGAAUUCAGAUCAGGGUUAUAAUAAUAAUAGUAACAUACAGAUAUCCAAUAAUGUGGUUGAUAAAUUCACAACAUAUAAUUGUUCAACACCAUGUUCCAUCGCCUCAUCAUCAUGUUCAAAUACAGCUUUUGUUGUUUGGACUACUGCACCAGAAUUAAUUCAACAAGAUGAUAGUCAUGAAGUGAACAGACAUCCAUUAGGUACAAUAUUGAUACAUACAAAUCCUCAACAACAACAACAACAAAAUUCUAAAGAACAACCUUUACCGAAUUAUUUUGCUUCAAAAGAAUUCAUUUUAAAUAAUAAUAAUGAUGGUUUAUUGAAUGUAAAUGGUGUAAGUACACUUUUAUCGUCUAAAACAGCAGCAUCAUCAUCAUCAUCGCCAUCAACAGUAAUAUCUGCAUCGAAUUUACAUCCUCCUCCUCCUCCUCCUCCUAAUCAUCAUCAUCAUCCUAUGAAUGUUCAAUGGACUGAUGUAAAUCAUAAAAUACACACAUUGACUAACAAUUCAAUACAAAACCCACUAGUAGAAGUAUCAAUUCAUUCAAAUUAUGCCCUAAACAAAUCACAACAACCAAAUGAAACUUUACAACCAUGUGAAUUAUGUUGUACAAAUAUGACCGAGUGUAAUUCCAUGUCGAAUUCACAAAUAUCUACUAUAUCUGCUAUAAUUACUGAUGAUAAUUCAUUGAAACAAUUCACUACAUCAUUUGAUACAGUAUUACAAUCAGUCCAGACAAAUCCACCUUUGCUUAAACAUAUUUAUCAUCAUACCACUGAUACUACACAUCAUCUACCACAAACAUCAGCAUCAUCAUCAGCAUCUCCAAGUACAUGUAUCAUCCUAGAUCAAGAUCAUUUGAAAUUUCAAUCAAAUUUAGUUUAUUUUUGUUCAAAUGCAUAUCCUGAUGGUACUAAUUAA